AUGCCAAUGCCAUCAAAGACCCCCGACAACCCCGAAGAAGCAAAGCAAGGUGCCCUACAGUUGGCCUCAGCAUGGGGUAAACACUCCGUUCCACCAGCCCUUAUAGCAACCCUCAUCUUCGCCCAACAUGCUCGACCAUUCCAGACCCUACCGAUGCUCUUCCCGCCCAUCUUCCUCUUCAGCUCCUACCUCAAUCUCCAAGGAUUCAAGAAGGAUGCCGCGGGCUUGACGUCCGCGUGGUCAGCGGCAUAUCUGGUCCUGGCGAGGAGACGGCGGCAGGCAUUUGGGAGCAAGUUUGGGGCGAGAGGCUUGGUGAGGGGAGCGACGAUGGGGCUGUGUGUGGUGAAUAUACUCAGUGGUGGGCUGGUGUACGCGUUUGGGAAGAGGGAGGAUGAUGAGGGGGUUUAA